UUUGAUCGGCUCCAAACAAGAAGAUGUUCAGUUAGCCGGUGUGUUGACGCUAACCGAAUCGGGAAGUUGCAAUAUUAUUCUGACAACUGGACUUGACAGAAAAUAUGCGAAGUAUCAGUUGUUUGCACUGGACGGUUACCGUUUCCGGGUUUCUUUUUCAUUAAUAUCGAAAGGCAUAUACAUACUGACGCUAGUUAGCUUAGCUUUGACUGCGUUACCGAGGCCAGUGAGAGACACACUGACCAGUUAUAACGUGGAUGUUUAGCACCAGACCGGGUUGGUACCGAAAGUGGGUCGUGACGUGUAUUGAAUUAACCACCAAAAAACUGAUGUUCUUGAACUUUACCGUCACGAGCAAAAGUCCGUGCUAAAAGCGCAGGUGGAGGUUGGAUUUGAUGGUAUAGCUUAGCAGUAGGUUAGCCGAAGAGAAAAGUGCAGUCAUGGACGAUUUUAGCUCGAUCAGCCUGCUGUCCCUUGCGAUGCUGGUGGGAUGUUAUGUGGCCGGGACGAUACCUUUAGCGGUUAACUUCUCAGAGGAGAAGUUGAAGCUGAUCACUGUGCUGGGAGCAGGGCUGCUCUGUGGGACUGCACUUGCCGUGAUCAUCCCAGAAGGGGUCCACGCACUUUACGAAGAAAUCCUUGAAGCAGGUGGACACCACAGUCACGGCCAGUCUGCAGUUGCAGAAGCUUCCGAGGGAAAGGGUGAAGCAGAGGCAGCUCUUAGUGCUAGUGGGAAGCAUGAGCACAAUCAAGAGCAGCUCCAUGCCUACAUUGGAGUGUCUCUGGUUCUAGGCUUUGUCUUUAUGCUACUGGUGGACCAGAUAGGUAGUUCUCAUGUUCACAACACUGAAGAUCCAGAGGCAGCAAGAGUUGCUUCCUCCAAAAUCACCACCACCCUGGGGCUUGUGGUCCAUGCUGCAGCUGAUGGUGUUGCAUUGGGUGCUGCUGCCUCAACCUCUCAGACCAGCGUUCAGCUCAUUGUCUUUGUAGCUAUCAUGCUGCAUAAGGCGCCAGCAGCAUUUGGUCUUGUAUCCUUCCUAAUGCAUGCCGGUCUCGAGAGAAAUCGUAUCCGCAAACAUCUCUUGGUCUUUGCCCUGGCAGCGCCAGUCCUCGCCAUGCUCACAUUUUUAGGUCUCAGUCAGAGCAGCAAAGAAGCACUGUCAGACGUCAACGCCACAGGUGUCGCCAUGCUUUUCUCUGCCGGCACAUUCCUCUACGUGGCAACGGUCCACGUUCUGCCUGAGGUGGGGGGCGGCGGUCACAGCCACGCUCCCGCAGGAGGAAACGGAGGGAAGGGACUCAGCAAGGUGGAGGUGGCAGCUCUGGUGCUGGGCUGCCUCAUUCCGCUGGUGCUGUCCAUCGGUCACCAUCAUUAGACCCACAGCUCAUGAUGGAUUUUAGAUGGGUGUACAGGGGGAAGAAGCUGAAACAAAGACUUCAAUCACGGUGGAUUCAGAUGUCUUAUUGCUUGGUGUCUGUUAAUGGAUCUUGUGCAGGGACUUCUUAUGACUUGAAAAUGAACUCGAAGCAGGGAACGAGUGAAAAUCAGAGUUGCUCCAGUGACAACCAGUGUACACUAUGAUAUUUUAUCUAAUGACACUGACAACAAAGUAUAAUGCAUCUACUGUAUGUAUGCAUUAAUUCCACCAGAAAUCAUUUUUUUCCAAGAUGCCAGAGGUGGAUCUUUUAGAUGAGUUCAUUUAGGUCACUGUGGAUUUUUCAGUGUUGCAUUAUAGUGCUCGUCCAAGUCAAAAAAUAGCCCUGAUUUCAUUAGAGACCUUUUACUAGAUGGCAGUUGCACAGUGAGAUUUAGUCUUGAUUAAACUUGUGAUAUCUCAAAAGCAGUGAAACUCACUUUUUUAAAAAAUAAUUGUAUAGAGUGUAGAUAAAUUAGCAACAAUACUGAUGGAUUGGAUCUGAUUAAGUGCCAUAUUAGCAAGCUUGAAACAGAUCUCUGAAGAGGAUGGCCCCAAAACAACACUGGCUUGUACAAGAUGUUUUCUUCUUGCCAGAGGAGGUCAUGUUUUCACAGUAGAUCAGACAGAUUAACCAGCAAGAUGCUUGUAACAGUUUUUCCGUGGCUAGUGAGUUUCUCUAGCAAGUGGAGAGUCCGGCACCGCUAGAAAAAUCAGUUGUAACAAGCUCUUUCUUUAUGCGACACAGUUUCCUUUAAAUCCUGCAUAACGACAAACGCAACUAGCCUCCCAUCUGAACAUCAACUGUCACUUUUCUUUAAAAUUUCUUUAGUUUAUAUUUAAACUUGGGAUAAGUCUGUGUUGUAGAGUGUUUUCAGGUGGUGGAGGGAUUUGUCUUGCUCGAGGGCAUUAAUUGAGUAAAACCUUUUCGGGCACAGGAGAACAGACCUGUUAAAGAUUGUUUGAGGAGAAUUAUGAACAACCGUUUCAUUUUAUUUGGGUUAACUCUCUAUUAAGUAAUUAUACUUAUAGCAAUAAUCACCAAAAAGUGAAAUUGAGGCCAGGUCACUUCUUUGUCAGCAGUGCAGCCAAGUCUGAAAUGUGUACAGAGGGUUUGUCUUGAUCAUAAAGGUGCUCGUUAUGUUAUUCACGCACCAAGAUCGGAAAGUUAGAGGGUCCCGAAUGCUGCUCUGCCUCAGUUACUUCUCUGCUCCAGUACCAUUAAAAUGUAAGUAGGCUGAUUUUGGAUAUCUUCUGUAUCACUGUGCCUGCUCACAGCAGAGCUCGCGUGUUUGUAUAUGUAUGUAUACUGUACAAAGCAACUUCUUCCCUCCACAAUCAUCAGGAUUUCUUGUGUGAGACAGAACUGCUUACUCUCAAUUACAGUUUCUUUUUUUUCUAUGUUGAACUUUUGGACAUCGACGAACUCGUCUUCGCAGUACCAACUCAACAAGCUACAGACUGACUUGAGGAGUCUUUGAUUUAUGUAUAAAUUUAAGGCUUUUACACACGACCUGUGAAUUAAUUCUAACUUGUAUGAGAAGAAGCACGCCGUGUUGUUUUAGGCUUUGUUUUUGUUUGUUUUGUUUUUUGAGUGACUGUGACAGAAGGUGGGGUGAAAUUGCAUGCAGACCAGGAGCUGCAUGACUGUUUUGUUUUUUCUGGGAAACUGUUUGUGCGUACUAAAGGGAACUGGGAACCGUCCCCCUCCACUGUGAUGCUUCACAACUUGGCACACUAGUAGGCAGCCUCAUUAUGUACCAUUAUAUCUCUGUAACUUGAGUUACUACGGCGAUCUACAGCUUUUUCAUCCCUUACAGAAAACCUUAAAACUUAAUUUGGGGUCUGGUGGUAUAUAUGCUUUAGCCUAAGCAAUAUUUUCAAAUGUCAAAUAUUAAAAAUAUCCUAAUGUAUCAAGAUUACUUCAGCACAAUCUUCAGUUAUUUCUAAGGGCUAAAAUCCAGCAGAUAUUUGGCUCUUUUUAAUUAAAUUUAAUUUUUUUUAUCCCCAAGUUAAAAAUUUAACUUAGGGAUUUUUGAUCAUUUGUGGGCUUAAAAACACUUUUGUGGCUUGAUUUAAUUAACAUUGCAGUCAAAACAGGGAAAAAAAGCUUUAUAAUGGUUAAUUAUCCUCUUAAAAGUUGGGAGACUGUAGAGUUGGCUGCAAGAGAUCUCUUUCUAACUUCUUAUUCAGAAUGUAGUUUGUUCACCCAUCAGUUUCAAAAGUAUCAAAGUGUUGUUGUUUUUAAAUUAAUAUUUCAACACAAGGCUUCAUCAUCUUUUCCUGAACAGCCAAAAUACUGGGGUUUAAUUGGCUGAAGGCACAUCCCCUUCAGAUUUAAAAUGGUCUAAAUGCAUUUCAUGAUUAAAGAUAAAGGUUCAUAUUGGGGCUGAUUGGGAUCAAGGAGGGUGGGGAUAUCAGGCUGAUAGUUGUAUAGUUAAUUUCGGUGGAGGUCGGUGUGAAUCUGUUUUCUUUUCCUAUCAUUCCUAAAGGGGUCUGCCUUAUUUCCGUACUUUGAUUGUAAAAAUCAGUUGUAAAGGAGCGUGUUUUAUGAUGACUAAAUUAAAGUUUUUUUAAUUGGUGAUGAUGUCUGAUCAUUUAACUUACAAACAUAAUGGGUCAGUAACAUGUUUUGGUAAUUUCUUUAGAGCCUGAAUAAAAUCACAGAGGUUCAGACUGCAACUGUUGCCUUAUAGUUACACUGUCCUGGAUUUCAAGGCUGAACUAUCGGUAUCUUUAUAAUCUUCUGUCCAUCCACUCGCACACAUGUUCU